AUGGAUUCUUCUAAAAUCAUUGAAGGCAAUGAAGAAUGCAGCAGCAAUGAGUCGGGGUGGACAAUGUACAUUGCUUCACCAAUUGACGAAUACAAUCUUGAUGAUGAUGAUGAAGAUGACGGUGGCAGCAUUGAUAAACAAGAAGAUGGGUUUCAUGCUAAAGAUGAUGCUGGAGACACUGAUAGUGAUGACUCUAUGGCGUCUGAUGCCUCUUCCGGCCCAAGCCGUCAAGAACAUCUAUGCAACCGAGGAAGUCACCGUCCAGGUGUCUUUGGUCAUGCUGGGGACAAAGAUAACAGAAAAUGGUUGGGUAAGAAACAUCACCAACACGAAGAGAAGAAACCAUGCGAUGAGCAGAUAAAAGCAGCAAAAGACAAGCCAGGACACAAAGGCAAAUAG